CCCAAAUCAAACCAUUCCUUCCCCAAAAUCUCGCAAACCAUCUCCCUCUCCCUCUCGUCUUCCCCCAGAUCCCCCCAAACCCUAACCCUACCAUCGCCAUGGCCUCCCGCAUCAAGGACCGCGGCAAGGCCGCACCCGCCGCCGCGGGAUCCCGCCCGCUCACCCCCAAGGCCUUCUCCGCCUCGUCGUCCGCUCGCCGCACCCCCGCCGCCGCCGCUGCCGGGAAGGAGAACUCGGCGUCCAAGCCCUCCAAGCCCACCGCCGCGGUGCGGUGGUCCACGUCGUCGAUCCCGAGGGCCAGCAGGAUCCCGAGCUCCGUGGAGUCCUCCAAGCUCGUCUCCACCCUCAGGGCGUCCUCGGUGAUGCCGGGGAGGGCAUCUGUCGGGAAGGAAAUGGAGGCGGAGGCGGGCUUGCGGCGGAGCGUGAGCGGCGGGAUCAGGGCCGCUGCCCCGGAGAGAGCGAGGAGGUCGGUGGGUGGCGUUGGGGGUAGGGUCCCGGAUGCGAGGAGAGCAAGCAGCGUGCCUCGUGCUGAUGAGAUUGGUAGGAGGAGGGAUGGGUUUGAUGCUAGGGCGAAGGCGAGUGAUGUGACCAGUGGGAGAAGAGAAGGCUUUGAUGGUAAGGCUAAGCAAAUGAAUGCGGUUGAUAGGAAAAGAGAGAGCUUCGAUGUAAAGGCGAAGCAGAUCAGUGGGAAAAGAGGGAGCUUCGAUGUUAAUGUGACCAAGCAAUGUGAUGAGAUCAAAGGGGAAAGAGAGGGCUUUGGCACCAACGCAAAGAAGCAAUGCGAUGGGAUUGAUGGCGACAAUGAGGGCUUUGAUGUGAAGGCCAGGCUAGGUGACGAAAUCAAUAAGAAGAAAGAUGGAUUUGAUACGAAAUUGGUGAAAGAGAUUCAUCCCAAGAAAGUUAUCUCUAGUGUCACUGGUUCGGCAGAAGCUUCUUCCAAACCUGCACCUUUUCCUGCUACUGAGAAGGAUGGUGACGGAGGCAACAAUGCUGUCAUCCCUGUAUUCACUGUCCAUGUGGUGGACGUGGACGAUGUUCCUUGCAGAGCCAGGGAAGAGCAGAAGAAUACUGAUGAGCCUAAGAAGCAGGAGGAAAAGAGCAAGCUGGCAGACAAGAUUAGAGUUUUUGAGAAAGCGUCUGCAAGUGGGGGAUCAGUGAAAUCUGUUUCUAGUUUGAACAAGUACCCAAGCAAGCUGCAUGAGAAACUAGCUGCAUUGGAAGGGAGAGUCCAAAAGAUAGCGACAGAUAUCAAGAAGACCAAAGAGAUGCUGGAUGAGAAUAACCCGGAUGAGCCUAAGCAGAUAUUAUCUAAUAUCCAGAAGGAGAUUACUGCAAUUGAGAAGGCAAUUUCCCAUGUCAAGGAUGAUAAUAAGAUUCAGCUCGGCACUGCAGAUAAUAGUGAGUGUGAGAUCUCUUAUGCUAAAAAGGCUGCAGAGUGUGCUGUUACAAAGCCAAGUGACCCGAAGCAUGCUGCAAAAGGUAUGAAUACUGAUGAAUUAGAGGCGAGGUUCUUUCCACAUCAUAAAUUGUUGAGAGACUGCAAAUCGUCUAGCGCUACUCAACAGGAAUCGUCCAUGGCUGUCAAAAAGGAUUGUAACACAGAUAUGGAACUUUCUUCCCUUGAGCCUCAAGAAGAUGAGAAUAGUAUAGCCAUGGAGUUUCUGGCUUCCUUAGAUGGUGAAGAAAGCGGCUUCUUCAAGAACCGCAGAGCGAAGAACUUGGAAAAAACCAUCAUCUGUGAAGCAGCAGAUGUUAGCAGCAAGACAUCGGGCCAAGGUUCCUCAAAUAAUCCGGUAGGCCCAAACCAUGACAAAGAAAUUGAAUUGCUUGCUACAGAGAAGCUAGAAGAGUUUGAUGAACAGGAGAACAAGUCCUUUUUGAUUUUACAGGAGGAAACAGAGGAAUUCUCUAGUGAUCAGUUAUUAGGGAUAGGGAACAAAUCCUCAACUGGUGGAUGGUUUGUUUCAGAGGGGGAAGCUGUUCUUCUUGCUCAUGGAGAUGGUACCUGUUCUUACUAUGAUAUUGCAAACCGCGAGUUCAAGUCUGAAUACAAGCCUCCGAGUGUGAUCUCAAAUAAUAUGUGGGGUGAUUGCUGGUUGAUCCGUGCCCCGGGUGUUGACGGAUGCUCAGGAAGAUAUGUAGUUGCGGCAUCAGCUGGCAAUGCACUGGACCCUGGGUUUUGCAGCUGGGAUUACUAUAGCAGAGAAGCAAAAGCAUUUCACAUUGAGGAGAUAUCUCAUGCUUCUUCAGUACCAUCGUCCAGAACUGUUCUUGGGCCUCUUCCUAAUGUAGGUUCAUCAAGAUCUAGCUCUGCAAUUUCUACUGUAGAAAGACAGCAAUGGUGGUAUAGACCCUGUGGGCCUCUCCUGCUUUCUGCUGCUAGUAAGCAAAAGAUGGUCACAGCUUAUGACAUCCGAGAUGGUGAUGUAGUGAUGAAAUGGGAAGUGAGCAAUCCUGUACAGGGAAUGGAAUAUUCCAGCCCACUACAAUGGCGUAGCAGGGGCAAGGUUGUAAUUGCUGGUACUGAGUCGAUUGGGUUGUGGGAUGUUAAUUCGCUUAACCCACAACCCCUGUUAUCUGUUGCUUCUGCUGGCAAAAAGCUUUACUGCCUUCAUGUGAACAACACUGAUGCAGAGCUGGGCGGAGGAGUUCGUCAAAGAGUUAGUUCCUGUGAGGUGGAGGGAAAUGAUGGUGUUUUUAGCACACAAGAAAGUGUUAAUGUAUUUGACUUUCGUGUACCUGCUGGCAUCGGUCUUAAAAUGGCAAGACAUGGUGGUACAGCAAGUUCAAUCUUCUCACGUGGUGACUCGGUAUUCAUUGGGAGCACAGAAGGUAGGCUGCAAAUAAAAGGGGGUCUGAAAUCACGAGUUCAGCAAUAUUCACUGAGAAAGGGAAAGCUUGUUGCAACCUAUGAGCUACCUGAUUUCAAUGCCCACUUCCAUCACUCUUCAAUAACCCAAGUAUGGGGCAACUCCAACCUUGUCUUGGCUGCAUGUGGUAUGGGACUAUUUGCAUUUGACGCCUUUAAGGAGGACGGUCAACAAACUUACAGCUUUGACCGUGGAGCCACUCUUGGAGUAAGAGAGGCUAUUGGCUUUGAUGAUUUGUACUGCCCUACAUUCGAUUACUCGUCAUCAAGGGUUCUUCUUGUCUCAAGAGACCGUCCAGCACAAUGGAGGUAUCUGUCAUAGCUAUCUAUUUAUCGUGUGCAUCAUGUGAUCGACAUGUAAUAUAUUUGUACUAUGUUUAUGCUUUAGCUUAUUUAGUCAUCUGUAGUGCCAAGCAUCUUGCUUUCACUGUAUUAGCAGAAAUGAUUGGGUUUCUUCCCCUUCAGUUAAUUAAUAUCUAUUGCAUGUUUAUUUUA